AUGGAGGCUCUCAUAGGUAUCUCGAGUCCUUUUACUUUAUUGAUCAUAGAUAAAUGUACCGAUUCGAAAACACUUGGAGAUAACUGGGAUUUAAUCCUUCGAGUGAGCGACACAUAUGCGAAAGCUCAGCCAAGGCAAUGCCUUAAGUACAUUAUGAAGAAAGUAUAUAACAUAAAUCCCCAUGUAUCCCUCAGGGCUAUUACAGUAAUUUAA